UAGUGGCGUCGCGUAUUUAGGAGUUCCCGCUGCCGCCUGUAAACCGCGCCCUCUCGGUACCGGAGGCUCCUAAAAUUCCGCGGUGGUUGCAGGAAGAAGGAGGAGAGAUUCGGCCGGCUUUCCUCUCUGGGUACGGCAAGGGUGGUAUCGCCCUUUCAAGGCGCGCAGCCCGGCGGGGGUGCCCCGGUCAGGGUGCCGGCAAUGCCUGAGUGCCGGGCGGCGGCGGCGGCGCCUCGGCGGCGGCUCCCGGGCUGAGUGGCGGCUCUGGGCCUGCCCGCGCCCUCUCCCGCCCCCGUGCGGGGUCCUGGCCUCCUCCCCCACCCGUCCCGGCUCGUCCGGCCGGGGAUGAGGCGGUGCGGCGGCGGCACAAAGGCUCCUCCGGGGCUGCCCGUUGCCUAGCGCGGCCCAGCGCCCCGGGCCCCCCGCGGGAGGAUGUCGGAGGAUCACGAAAUGGAUAAGAUGAUCAAGGAAACCUCCAUUUUAGAGGAGUACAACAUUAACUGGACUCAGAAGCUGGGAGCUGGGAUCAGUGGUCCUGUUAGAGUCUGCGUGAAAAAAUCCUCUCAAGAACGCUUUGCACUGAAAAUUCUUCUUGAUCGUCCAAAAGCUAGAAAUGAGGUACGUCUGCACAUGAUGUGUGCAACACAUCCAAAUAUUGUUCAAAUUAUGGAAGUUUAUGCUAACAGCGUGCAGUUCCCACAUGAAUCCAGCCCAAGGGCUCGGCUCCUAAUUGUAAUGGAGAUGAUGGAAGGGGGAGAGCUAUUUCACAGAAUCAGCCAGCACCGGCACUUUACUGAGAAGCAAGCAAGCCAAGUAACAAAGCAGGCAACUUUGGCUUUGCAGCAUUGCCACUCAUUAAACAUUGCACAUAGAGACCUCAAGCCUGAGAAUCUCCUCUUCAAGGAUAACUCUCUGGAUGCACCUGUUAAAUUGUGUGACUUUGGAUUUGCCAAAGUAGACCAAGGUGACUUGAUGACACCACAGUUCACUCCAUAUUACGUAGCACCUCAGGUAUUGGAGGCACAAAGACGGCAUCAGAAAGAAAAAUCUGGGAUUAUCCCCACCUCUCCAACACCUUACACUUACAAUAAGAGCUGUGACUUGUGGUCCCUGGGUGUCAUUAUUUACGUGAUGCUGUGUGGAUACCCUCCGUUUUACUCCAAACACCAUAGUCGGACAAUUCCAAAGGACAUGCGGAAAAAGAUCAUGACAGGAAGUUUUGAAUUUCCAGAGGAAGAGUGGAGCCAGAUCUCAGAAAUGGCGAAAGACAUUGUGCGAAAGCUGCUGAAGGUCAAACCUGAGGAACGUCUGACCAUUGAAGGUGUGCUGGACCAUCCCUGGCUCAACUCCACUGAGGCACUCGAUAACAUCCUACCGUCUGCCCAGCUGAUGAUGGACAAGGCAAUGGUUGCGGGGAUACAGCAGGCUCAUGCAGAACAGCUUGCGAACAUGAGAAUCCAAGACCUCAAAGUCAGUCUCAAACCCCUCCACUCCGUCAACAACCCAAUCCUGCGCAAAAGAAAAUUACUGGGCACUAAGCCAAAGGAUGGUGUUUAUAUCCAUGACCCUGAGAAUGGAAGUAACGAUUCCAACGUGGCUCUAGAAAAGCUCAGAGAUGUGAUUGCUCAGUGCAUUCUACCACAGGCUGGUAAAGGAGAGAAUGAAGAUGAGAAGCUGAAUGAGGUGAUGCAGGAGGCGUGGAAGUAUAACCGAGAGUGUAAGUUGCUGCGAGACACUCUUCAGAGCUUCAGCUGGAAUGGCAGAGGAUUCACAGAUAAAGUGGAUCGACUAAAACUGGCAGAAAUAGUAAAACAAGUUAUCGAAGAGCAGACAAACUCCCAUGACUCUCAAUAGCUGGAGCUUCUUAAUCUUAUUUUUUUUACCAUUUAAGAUUUAUU